UAGUCGGUGAAAUUUGUGGUGACUGGUGGAUUUUUUACGUGUAUUACUUCAAAAAUGGCGUCUGGUAUGACCGUGUCGGACGCGUGCAAGACGACAUAUGAGGAGAUCAAGAAGGACAAGAAGCACCGCAACGUGGUGUUCUGCAUCCGCGACGAGAAGCAGAUCGACGUGGAGACGGUCGGCGAGCGGAACGCUGAGUACGACCAGUUCCUUGAGGACCUGCAGAAGGGGGGCACCGGCGAGUGCAGAUAUGGCCUAUUCGACUUUGAAUAUACCCACCAAUGUCAGGGCACAUCAGAGGCAAGCAAUAAACAGAAGCUUUUCUUAAUGUCAUGGUGCCCAGACACCGCCAAGGUCAAAAAGAAGAUGUUGUAUUGUAGCUCUUUCGAUGCGUUGAAAAAGUCGCUGGUCGGCGUACAGAAGUACAUUCAAGCAACCGACCUCUCGGAGGCUUCGCAGGAGGCCGUAGAAGAGAACCUCCGAGCAAUGGACCGCCAGUAAUCAGCAUUUAUUAAUCCUUACGCUAUCUACGACCGACGUGCUAAGACGCGACCGACUAACGCCAUCUGCCAUGACGUCACGGCUACACAGCUAGUUCUCAUUUCAAAUUUAACCGCUUUUCGUUAUUUCAAACUUAAAUUCCCUGUUCCAUUGUAUCGUUCUAAUUUUAAAUUUGAUUUUAUUUUAAUGCCUCUAGUAUAUUUGUUUUGACUAAGAGCAAUUUACGUGAUAGGCAGAU